CCCUGACGUGACCCUGCAGGAUUGCAAACAUGGCGGAGCCCUCCCUCGGGAAUUCGAGCCCAGGAGGUUCAGCAGGUUCCGAUGACCAUGAUUUCGACCCUUCGGCAGACAUGCUCGUCCAUGACUUUGAUGAUGAACGCACAAUGGAGGAAGAGGAAACUCUGGCAGCAUCAGAUGAAGCUAAUGCCAAUGAGAUCGAGGAUCUGGCACGGGAGGGAGAAAUGCCCAUUCAUGAGCUCUUGAGUCUCUACGGUUAUGGGGGCAGAUCACCAGCAGAUGAGGAUGAAGAGGAGGAGGAGGAAGAACCCGAAGAAGAGGAAGAUGAUGAGGAAGAGGAGGAGGAGGAAGACCUUGACAACGACGAAAGCAGCAGGAGCACUGGCGAGCUGAAAAGGACUGAGACCGACGAUGUUAAGAACUCGUCGGGACAGGGCGCCGAGCCCCAGGCGAUCUGCGAAGGUCGCACGCGCUCAGUCCGGUCGCUCGGCACAGUCGAGCUCAUCCGUCCACAGAAGCUGAAAUACUUUGAAAGCAGCAAUGAUGCAGAAGAAGAGUCGGAUGAAGACGAGGACUAUGUCCCAUCUGAGGACUGGAAAAAGGAGAUCAUGGUGGGUUCAAUGUACCAGGCAGAAACCCCAGUGGGUCUGUGUAAAUACAAAGACAACGAGAGAGUUUAUGAAAACGAUGACCAGUUGUUAUGGAACCCGGAGUGUCUCCCUGAAGGCAAAGUGGUGGAGUUUCUGACUGAAGCGUCGAGGCGGACGGGAGAUGAGAAGGGAGUGGAUGCAAUCCCAGAGGGUUCCCAUAUCAAAGACAACGAGCAGGCUUUGUAUGAGCUAGUAAAGUGUGACUUUGACACAGAUGAAGCUUUAAGAAGACUAAGGUUUAAUGUAAAGGCAGCCAGAGAAGAGUUAUCUGUCUGGACUGAAGAGGAAUGUAGAAAUUUUGAACAAGGACUAAAAGCUUAUGGGAAAGACUUUCAUUUAAUACAGGCCAACAAGGUGAGAACUAGGUCUGUAGGAGAAUGUGUGGCCUUUUAUUACAUGUGGAAGAAGUCUGAGCGUUAUGAUUUCUUUGCACAGCAAACCAGACUUGGGAAAAGGAAAUACAACCUUCAUCCAGGUGUCACAGAUUAUAUGGACAGAUUACUAGAUGAGACUGAAAGCGCGGCGUCCAGCAGAGCUGCGUCGCCGCCGCCCACCACCUCCAGCAGCAGCACCAGCCACUCAGAGAGGGAAGACGGCAGCAGUCAGAACGGCAUUGCGAGCCACAAUUCAUGUCACCAAGCAGACGGCGCUCAGCUGCCCUCAGUGACCCAAGUGAAAGCUGAGGGAGUUCAGUCCAACGGGCCUUCUCACCCCGCGCCGGACACUGCUGCUGCUGCUGCUCCUCCUCCUCCUCCACCGCCAGGUUCAGACAGCAGCUCCAACGGCUGCAGCCAGCCGGCCCCGCCCGGCCGCGACACCAACGGCUCCCUGGAGCCUCUGCUGGACCACAGAGACACGGCGGCGGCGGCGCUCGACAGGCCGGCCAAACGCUGCCGGACGGAGGCAGAACAAGUGGGCCAAAGUGAGACAGAAGCAUCCAGAACACAGGAGAACUGAACGCUCCGGAGCGGGCCGGGAUUGGGAUUGACCCCCCCCCCCCCUCCCCCGCCGCCCCCUUCCCCCCAGUGGGUCGUCUGCAGGGAGCAGAGGACGACAAACACUCCACAAAGUUACAAUAUGUAAGAUGAGCUGUGGGUCCCUGCAGCUCAAGAUCCAGAGGUCAGACGUUGUGGAACCGGAAAGCUGCUGCUGAAGCAGAAUGACAGACUGUGGUUGGAAAAAGCUCCCAAAACAAAGCCAGAAUCGCGGUCUGCUGUUUUUCCAGCGGUGGCUUUACGCCGAGGAGGAGGAGCUCCUCACCUCACAUUCUAGGAUCCCUGAAGGAGAAAAGCAGCACGGCCGAUGGUCCACAUGUGAGGAGCGGGGUUAAACGAGGCCAGCGGGCCGGUUUCCUCCCUCCCCCACAGAUCAGAGCAGAUUUCCUGUAACCAGCUGUUCUCACUGUUCUGAACCGAGGAAGUGACUGCUGCUGGGUAAUUCAUCACCAGGAUCGUCCCGCUGCUACAAAACACUUCAUACAUAGAGUUGUAGGGUUUCCCCCCUGAAAGGCUCCCGGUGGUCAUUAGUGCGGCGCUUCAGCUUCUGAAGAGUGUGAUAACAGUAACGGGGGUCUUUACCUGCUGCCUCCUCCGGUCUGAGAGAACACACUCGAUCAUGUAAAAAAAAAAAAAAACACUUUCUGUUCGGGCGACGUCCCCAUCGAGGUUCUUUUACAUAUUGUAUCUUUGGUUUGGAGUCUCG